UUGAGUCUUUAAACCCAAGAAGUGUUACAUCUUUCCACUUACGUGGGUGCUCUUUUGAUUUGACUCAUCAAUAUUAUAUAGUUGUGUCAUUUAAGGAAUUAAGUUAUUUUAUCUACCAUAUUGAAUUCAUGAGUGUAGUUUCUUAUAACAUCCCCUUAUUAUUCUUUUAAUAUCUGUUAAGUCUGUAGUGAUGUUCCCUCUUUCAUUCUUGUUUUUGGUAAUUUUUGUCCUGUAUUUAUCAGUCUGGCUAGAAGUUUACCAGUUUUAUUGAUAUUUUUUAAAAAACUUGCUCUUUGUUUAAUUGAUUUUUGUCUAGGGGUCAGCAAACUUUUUUCUGUAAAGGACCAGAUCGUAAAUAUUUUCAGCUUUGCUACACAAGUGGCAAAAUAAGAAGUAUUAUUUAGGUACUUAUGUAAUAAGAGAAAACAGAUGUCCACAAAUUUUUAUUGACAACAUUUAAAAUAUAAUGAUUGAGUAUAGCUUUUUUUUAAAUACAGGUGUGCUAAUAAGAAGAAUGAAAUUCUUUUUGUGUGGAUAACAUUUUGCUUAAUUGAAGAUCAAGGUCUCUGCCUUUCCCUCGAAAAAGGACGAGAAAAUGACUAAGUUCCAGGAAGCAGUGACGUUCAAGGACGUGGCUGUGGUCUUCACUGAGGAAGAGCUGGGGCUGCUGGACUCCACCCAGAGGACACUGUACCGAGACGUGAUGCUAGAAAACUUCAGGAACCUGCUCUCAGUGGGACAUCAGCCCUUCAAACCAGACCUGAUAUCCCAGUUGGAGAGAGAGGAAAAGCUUUCGAUGAUGGAGCCAGAAACCCGAGGAGAUAAGUGUUCCGAAAGCAGGAGUCAACAUACAGAAAGCAGGAGUCAACAUAAGAUGGAGAGAAUUCAAGAAUUGGGAUUAAAUUACCUUUCCCCCAAAGAGCUUUCCCCCUGGCAGACCUGGCAACAAGAUGCAAGCAGAUUAACCAGGUGUCAACAUUCCACGAGAAAAAUUCAAGGGAAUAAUUUUCACUUAAAAAAACAAGAUGAUUCCUCCUGCCAGGUUUGGGCAGGAAUACCGAUUCAGAUCUCUGAAGAUGAGAACUAUAUAUUGACUCAUAAAGGGAAUGGUUUCAAUUAUAUAAAAAGUCAAGACUUUCCAUCUUGGAGAGCCCUGCAUUCUUGGAGGAAAAUGUAUCUGACUGAAUCACCCAAUUAUCAGUGUCGAUGUCAGCAAAUUCCUGUGAAAAAUAAUUUCUGUAAGUGUGACGGUAUCAGUUGGAUCCCAUAUUACAAUGACAAUCUGGGAAUACACAAAACAGAAAAAAAUUACAGCUGCCAUGAUUGUGGAAAAGACACCAUGAAGGUAUCAUUACUUAAUCAGGAUUUAAUUCAAACAGGAUAUAAGCCUUACUGGGGUAAUGAGUAUAAAAAAGCCUUCAGUGAUGUCUCCAGCUCUGAAGUUCACCAGCCAUUAUACUUAGAAGGGAAGCCCCAUAUGUACAGCCCGUGUGGAAGGGGCUUCAGCUAUAGCUCAGUUCUUCAUAUUCAUCAAAGUGUUCAUAGGGAUGAUCGUGUUGUUGAGAGUUCACAUCUGCAGCCUCAUCAGAGAGUCCAAACAGAAGACAAACCCUGCAAAUGUGAAAAUGGUAAGAACUUCAAUCAGUAUCCCUCUCUUAACACUUACGACCUUACUCACACAGGAGAGAUGUCCCGUAGAUGCAACAUUUGUGAUAAAACCUUCAGCCAUAGCUUAGACCUUAAUAGGAUUUUUAGGGUCCAUACUGGGAAGGAACCCCAUGAAUAUGAAGAGAAUGGGUAUGUCUUUGAUCAGAGCUCAUGUCUUCAAGUUCAUCAGAAAAUCCACACCGAAGGGAAACUAUACACAGGUGUGGAGUGUGGGAAGAGCUUCAUUCGUAGUUCAAAUCUUAACAGUCAGCACAGAGUUCACAUGGGAGAGAAUCUGUAUAAUUCUGAGGAGGCUGAUAAUGACUUCAGCCUGGCCUCACGUUUUCAGAACCUUCAGAUAGUCCACACUAGGGAACAGCCAUACAAACAUUAUGCAUGUGGUAAUAGCUUCAGUCGAAUUUCGUAUCUUCAGGGCCCUCAGAAAAUCCACAUUGGAGAGAAACCUUAUACAGGAUAUGAGAAUGGCCUCAGGUGGAGUUCAGAAUUUAAAGAUCAUCGGAGAGUCGACGCUGGAGAGAAGCCAUACAAAUGCAGUGCAUGUGGUAAAGGUUUCAGUCAUAAAUCAGUUCUUAAAGUUCAUCAGAGAGUCCACACAGGGGAGAAGCCUUAUAAAUGUGAGGCGUGCAGUAAGGAAUUCAGUCGGAGUUCAUACCUUCAAGCUCAUCAGAGAGUCCACACUGGAGAAAAGCCAUAUAAAUGUGAGGAGUGUGGAAAGGGAUUCAGUCGUAAUUCAUACCUGCAAGGCCAUCAGAGAGUACACACUGGAGAAAAACCAUACAAAUGUGAGGAGUGUGGUAAAGGCUUCAGUCGGAGUUCACACCUUCAAGGCCACCAGAGAGUCCACACUGGAGAAAAACCCUACAAAUGUGAGGAAUGUGGGAAGGGAUUCAGUUGGAACUUUAACCUUCAAAUUCAUCAGAGGGUUCACACAGGAGAGAAACCUUAUAAAUGUGGAGAAUGUGGUAGGGGCUUCAGUAAGGCCUCAACUCUUAUGGCCCAUGAGAGAGUCCACACAGGAGAGAAGCCAUACCAGUGCGAUGAGUGUGGUAAGAGCUUCAGUCAGAGAUCAUACCUUCAAAGUCAUCAGAGUGUUCAUACUGGAGAGAGACCGUAUGUAUGUGAGGUAUGUGGGAAGGGCUUCAGUCAGAGAGCAUAUCUUCAAGGCCAUCAGAGAGUCCACACGAGGGUGAAACCAUAUAAAUGUGAGAUGUGUGGGAAGGGGUUUAGCCAGAGUUCACGCCUUGAAGCACAUCGGAGGGUCCACACAGGAGGGAAACCAUACAAAUGUGAGGUAUGUGCAAAGGGCUUCAGUGAGAGUUCACGCCUUCAAGCACAUCAGAGGGUCCACACAGAAGGAAGACCCUAUAAAUGUGAACAAUGUGGUAAGGGUUUCAGUGGGUAUUCAAGUCUUCAAGCCCAUCACAGAGUCCACACUGGGGAGAAACCAUACAAAUGUGAGGUAUGUGGAAAGGGCUUCAGUCAGAGGUCCAACCUUCAAGCUCAUCAGAGAGUCCACACAGGAGAGAAACCAUUCGAAUGUGAAGCAUGUGGUAAGGGUUUCCGUUGGAGCUCAGGACUUCUAAUUCAUCAAAGAAUCCAUAGUAGUGAUAAAUUCUGUAAAAGUGAAGACAGCAAUAAGGAUUACCCCUCAUCCGAGAAUCCACAGUACAGGAAUAAAAUUCUUGUAGUACGGGAGCUGUGUGUAAUUGAGGUACUUCCGCUCCAGGAAGGCGAGGUCGGGGCCGUGAUUGCUCCCAGGGAGUUCUGCCUUCUCAGAGCUCUGGCUUUCCCCAAGAGGAAGAAGAGAAAAAUGACAAAGCUCCAGGACGCAGUGACAUUCAAGGACGUGGCUGUGGUCUUCACUGAGGAGGAGCUGGGGCUGCUGGACUCCACCCAGAGGACACUGUACCGAGACGUGAUGCUGGAGAACUUCAGGAACCUGGUCUCUCUGGGACAUCAGUCCUUCAAGCCAGAUGUGAUAUCACAGUUAGAGAGAGAGGAGAAGCUUUGGACGAAGGAGCCCCAGACCCAAAGAGUCAGGCGUUCAGGAGACAGGAAUCAAAAUGAAAUGGAGACUCUUCAAGAAGCAGGAUUAAGGUGCCUUUCAUUGGGAGAGCUUUCAUGCUGGCGUAUCAGGAGACAUGUGAGCAAAUUAACUAGAAGCCAAGGCUCCAUGAUGAAUAUUCAAGGAAAGAGUCCUCAAUUUCCCAAGCAGCUUGAUUCCCUCUGCCAAGCAGGGGCAGGAGUUUCUGAAGAUGACAAGUAUAUAAUGAAUUUUAUAGGGGGUGAUUCCAGUGUUAUUGAAAAUCAAGAAUUUCCAACUGGGAGAACUCAGAAUUCUUGGAGUAAAAUAUAUCUGAAUGAGACCCAGAAUUACCAGGGAAACUGUAAGCAAACUCAAAUGAAAAACAAAUUAUGUAUAUUUACUCCAUGUGUUAACAUUUUCAAUUGCAUUUCACACCAUCAUGACAAUGUAGUCUACAAACGAGAGAAGACUUAUAGCAACAAUAUUUAUGGUAAUGACAUCUUAAAGAUACCGCCUCUUAACCAACGUAGUAUAAUUCUCACAGGACAGAAAACUUACCAGUGUAACGAGUGUGAAAAUACUUUCAGUGAUCACUUAAGUCUUGAACUUCAUCAGCAGGCACACUUGGGAAAGAAGUCCCCUACAUGUAGUACACAUAGAAAGGACAUCAGUUAUGGCUCAGGUAUUCCGUGUCAACAAAGUGUUCACACAGGGAAAAAACGCUAUUGGUGUCAUGAGUGUGGUAAGGGUUUUAGUCAGAGCUCAAAUCUGCAAACUCAUCAGAGAGUGCACACAGGAGAGAAACCCUAUACGUGCCAUGAAUGUGGUAAGAGUUUUAAUCAGAGCUCACAUCUGUAUGCUCAUCUGCCUAUUCACACAGGAGAGAAGCCUUACAGAUGUGACAGUUGUGGGAAGGGCUUCAGUCGUAGCACAGAUCUUAAUAUUCAUUGCAGAGUCCACACGGGAGAAAAACCUUAUAAAUGUGAGGUUUGUGGGAAGGGUUUCACUCAGAGAUCACAUCUUCAAGCCCAUCAAAGAAUUCACACUGGAGAGAAACCAUAUAAAUGUGGGGAUUGUGGUAAACGCUUUAGCUGUAGCUCAAAUCUUCACACCCAUCAGAGAGUCCACACUGAAGAAAAGCCAUACAAAUGUGACGAAUGUGGUAAGUGCUUUAGUUUGAGCUUUAAUCUUCAUAGUCAUCAGCGGGUCCACACAGGGGAGAAACCCUAUAAGUGUGAAGAGUGUGGUAAGGGUUUUAGUUCAGCAUCAAGUUUUCAGAGCCAUCAGAGGGUCCACACAGGAGAGAAGCCAUUUCAAUGCAACGUGUGUGGGAAGGGCUUCAGUCAGAGUUCGUAUUUUCAAGCCCAUCAGAGAGUCCACACUGGAGAAAAACCAUACAAGUGUGAGGUGUGUGGGAAGCGCUUCAAUUGGAGUUUAAAUCUCCACAAUCAUCAAAGAGUCCACACAGGAGAGAAGCCCUAUAAAUGUGAGGAAUGUGGUAAGGGUUUCAGUCAGGCCUCAAAUCUCCAAGCUCAUCAGAGUGUCCACACUGGGGAAAAACCAUUCAAGUGUGAUGCAUGUCAGAAACGAUUCAGCCAAGCCUCACAUCUUCAAGCCCAUCAGAGAGUCCACACUGGAGAAAAACCAUAUAAAUGUGAUACAUGUGGUAAGGCCUUUAGCCAGAGAUCAAAUCUUCAAGUGCAUCAGAUAAUUCACACUGGAGAGAAACCAUUUAAGUGUGAGGAAUGUGGAAAGGAAUUCAGUUGGAGUGCUGGUCUCAGUGCUCAUCAGAGGGUCCACACGGGAGAGAAACCAUAUACAUGUCAGCAGUGUGGUAAGGGCUUCAGUCAGGCCUCACAUUUUCACACACAUCAGAGGGUACACACUGGAGAGAAGCCAUACAUAUGUGAUGUCUGUUGUAAGGGUUUCAGCCAGAGGUCACAUCUUGUAUACCAUCAGAGAGUCCAUAGUGGAGGUAAUACAUAGAAGUGUGAGUGUGGCAUAGCCUUCAGUUAAAGCUCACAUCUUCAUCUCCACUGGAGAAUCCAUGCCGGUGAUUGUGGAAAGUGAUCCCUUGAGAGCUUAGAAGCUUCAUCAAAGAAUCUUCAUAGAAGAGAAACUCUAUAUUGUGUUUUAAGAACUCGCUUGGAAGAUGAUUCCUUUAUAAACAUCAGAUUCCACAAACAAGAAAAGACCCAUUUCAUAAGUAUGGUCAGUCUUUAUGCCAGAGUUCAAGAUGCCCGGAUUCUCAAAUUAGAGUCUACUCAGGAGAGAGGACAUAAAAAUGAACAGUAUGGGAAGGGCUUAUACAAAAGUACAGUGAUGGACAAAAUGGUACUAGAAUGUAACCCCCAUUUAGGAAAUAAAAUUUUCACCGUUCUAUUUCCACUAUGUAGAACAGUGCCUGGCUUGGUGAUGGGCACCCAGGAAUUAAGUGGAGAAACACCCCAAAAUUAACACAAAUAUUUGAAAUUUUUAGUUCCCUACCCUAAAUUCAUAUUAAAUUAUACCUAAAAGGAAUCCUGCAAGUAUCCUCUUAACAUUAAUUCCAAGAGAUAAACAGCUGAAAUAGAAGUCAUAUAAUACUGCUAUCCACAAUAAUACAAAUUGGAGCAAAAGACUUGUGAAUGUCUUCCUUUGUCCAGUUUCACUUCUGUGUACUGUAUGAUCAAUUGUGUAUAAUUUUUAAUAUCAUUAGUUUGUAUUUUAUAGACUUUCUUACUGACUGCAAUACUAUGAUACUGCAGUUUACACAGCUGAAGUUUUGGACUCUAAUUCAUUAAGGUAGGGUUUGAAUUGUAACUCUUUGAAAGUGUUAAAAGUAGUUAAUGACAAAAAGUUUCUUAGUAAACUUGCAUUGAUAAUAAUUGGUUUCUUCUCAUUAUUUAUAUUCAGGCUUAGGUCAGGUUGCCCUCAAGUUGUCACAUACUUCAUCCCCAUUGCCAGCCCUCCAGUUGAAAAAAAGAAAGUUGUCAAAUUUUGGUUAAAAUUUUAUUAAGUAUAAAUCCAUUUAUAUAGGAUUCCAUGAUGAGCAUCUUCUUUUGGUAGGAGUGAACAACAUGAGCUUUUUGAGAUUACUCGGUCAAUAUGUAUCAAAAUACUCCCCUGACCUGGUAAUCCUAGUACUAGAACUUUUGCUUAGAAGUUAAUAGCAAAAGUAAGAAAGACUGUAUGCAAAGAUACCCUAAAAUUAGGGAGGUAAAUAUUCAUCAGUCAGUAAAAGAUUAGAUAAAUUUUUGUAUAUUCCAGUAACAUGCAAACAUUAAAAUGAUGGUAAUAAACUGAAAAUGACAGGAAAGGAACUCACAUAUUUAUGAGAAAACAAGGUUAGAGCAUUCCUAGUACAAUCUAAAAAGUAUACCUAAAGCUGUGAUUGUGCGUGUAGAGAUAAUGUGUAGCAUUGUCAUUAGUAAUGCUAACAGUAGUUUCCUCUGGCAGGGAGGGUUUUGGAAGGUUUUUUCUUUAACUUGUCAAAGAAUUGUUUACAAUGAACAUUAUCAAUUUUACCAAAGCAGUAAGACAGACAAAAUUACUGAAUAAAUGAAAAUCCCUUGUAGUAAACAGUUCUUGAUUGCUUUUUUAUUGUAUGACAGGUAAAUCUGUAUUAUGGAAAUACAAAAAAAGGAUGUUUAUUGUUGCAUUGUUUGUAAUAACAAACUCCGCAUUCAUAGUAUUCCACUGAAGAGAAACCGUAUUUUGUCAGUCUGUGACAAAAUACAGUUUCUCUUCAGUGGAAUACUAUGCAGAAUCAAUUGAGAAGGUAAAUUUAUAGUUGUUAUUGGUAGAUACCCUGAAUAUAUAUUUAGAAAAGGGAACAGAGACAUGGGAUUUCAUGUAUGUUAUGAUUACAUAUAUAUGUAAUAUUUAUUUCUGGACCAAAAAGGAUCUAGUUACCUUUAGAAGGGAUAUAGAAUUCUGGGAAGAUGGUGGUAUGUGAAGAUCUAAGAUCCCAACUCCCACACACAAGAAAAGCAAGUAGAAGUCUGUAAUCCCAACUCUAAGAAUUCUGAAAAAUAUAGACAGAGGAUCGCAGAAACUAACCUCACACUGAAACAAGAAAAAAGUGACUUCUAAACAGUGGGUAAACCUCCUUACAGCCCUCCUCCCAGUACAGUACCUGGGUGGCUGCAGUGGAGGUGAAGCACAGCUCUUGCUUUCACAACGAAGGUGUUUGGGUGUCGGGCUCUGAGUGAAGAGGGCAGAUUUUACUGGUGUUCUGUUCAGGAUGUCUGGUCUGUCCGGGAACUGCCUGAAGGCUUGAAGUUUGGCCUGAAUCAGAGCUCUCUCAGAGCAGGGGAGGGAGCAGUGAGCAAAGGCAAGGCUGUGCCUGCCUGAGAAUUUCUUGAAGAAAUCUGCACUUUUGAAAGCACUGUACACAGGGUAAGUGAGAAAGUUAACACAUUGUAAUAUUCUAAUGUUCUGUCUUCAACAACAAAAAAUACGAGGAAAGUAGAAACAAUGGCCCAUUUAAAGACCAAGACAGAGAAAUUGUCUUUACGGAAGCUUGGAUAAUGGACAGUUUAGAAGACUUUAAAACACUAUAAACCAGCUAGACCUGGCAGAAAUGUAUAGAAUUCUCCACCCAACAGUACCACAGUACACGUUCUUCUCCAGUGCACAUGGAUCAUUUUCUGGAAAAGACCAUAUAUAUCUAGGUCAAAAAACAAGCGUUAAUAUAUUUAAGAAGAUUGAAAUCAUACAAAGUAUCUUCUCUGACCACAGUGAAACUAGCAAUUAAUGACAAGGAAAACAAAUAUACAUAAAUAUGUGGAAAUUAAACAACGCAAUAUUAAACAACCAAUGAAUGGGUUGAGAGAGAAACAAGAAACUACUUAGAGUCAAAAGAAAAUGAAAGCACAAAUACGAAAAUUUAUGGAAUGCAGCAAAGGCGGUGCUAAGAAUGAAAUUUAUCACGGUAAACACCUAAACAUACAUUUAAGAAGAUCUCAAAUCAAUAACUUUACAACUUGAGGAACUAGAAAAAGAAGAGCAAACUAAGCCCAAUGCCACAAAAAAUAAAAACCCAUUGCCAUCGAGGCGAUGCCAACUCGUGACCCUAAAGGACAGAGUAGAACUGCCCUAUGGGGUUUCCAAGGAACACCUGGAGAAUUCAAAGUGCCGACCUUUUGCUUAGCAGCCGGAGCUCUUAACCACUAUUCCGUCAGGGUUUCCAGUGCCACCAGAGUAAGGAAAUGACAGAGAUCAGAAUGGAAAUAAAAAAGAGAAUAGAAAAUCAAUGGGUAAAAUCAAUGAAAAGAGUAGUUUGGAUUUUUUUUUUUUUUUAAGAUCAAUGAAAUUGUAAAAGAGAAGAUACAAAUAACUAUAAUCAGAAACGAGAAAGUGGGGACAUUACAACUGAUCCUACAGGAAAAAAAGAUGGUAAGAGAAUAAAUAUGAACAAUUGUAUGCCAACAGAUUAGAUAACUGGUGAAGUGAACACAUUCGUGGAAACGCUAACUAAAUUAGCUCAAGAAGAAAUAGAAAAUCCCAAGUGAGGUGGCCUCUAAAUUCAGGUGGAAUAUACUCAAUUUACAGACAACUUCAAGAAUAGAUUUGACACAGAGGAUGCAAAGACCAAAGACCAGAUGAGUUGUGGGAUGACAUCAAGGACAUCAUACAUGAAGAAAUAAAAAGGAGGUCAUUAAAGACACAAGAAAGAAAGAAAAGACCAAAAUGGUUUUCACAAGAAACUCUGAAAAUUGCUCUUGAACAUCGAGUAGCUAAAGUGAAUAGAAGACAUGAUGAAGUAAAAAGCUGAGCAGAAGAUUUCAAAAGGUGGCUCAGACAGAAAGGGCACAUGAACCAGAGACUACAUCAUCCUGAGACCAGAAGAACUAGAUGGUGCCCGACUACAACCGAUGACUGCCCUGACAGGGAACACAACAGAGAACCCCUGAGGGAGCAGGAGAGCAGUGGGAUGCAGACCCCAAAUUCUCAUAAGACCAGACUUAAUGGCAUGACUGACACUAGAAGGACCCCAGUGGUCAUGGACCCUAGACCUUCUGUUGGCCCAGAACAGGAACCCUUCCUGAAGCCAACUCUUCAGACAUGGAUUGGACUGGACAAUGGGUUGGAGAGGGAUGCUGGUGAGGAGUGAGCUUCUUGGAUCAGGUGGACACUUGAGACUAUGUUGGCAUCUCCUGCCUGGAGGGGAGACGAGAGGGUGGAGGGGGUUAGAAACAGGUGAAAUGGACACGAAAAGAGAGAGUGGAGGGAGAGAGUGGGCUGUCUCAUUAGGGGGAGAGUAAUUGGGAGUGUGUAGCAGGGUGUGUAUGAGUUUUUGUGUGAGAGACUAACUUGAUUUGUAAACUUUCACUUAAAGCACAAUAAAAAUUAUUAAAAAAAAGCACAGAAGACAAAGUACAGUAUGAUAAUAAGAUGUGCAAAGACCUGAAGUUAAAAGGCCAAAAGGGAAGAACACGCUAGAAAUUUCUUAAGUGAAAAAACUGAAGAAAAAAAUUCAAGCCUCGAGUUGCAGUACUGACGAAUUCUAUGGACAAAAUGUUGAACGAUGCAGGAAACAUCAAAAGCAGAUGGAAAGAAUGCACAGAGUCACUGUACCAAAAAGAAUCGAUCAACAUUCAACCAUUUCAGGAGGUAGCAUAUGAUCAAGAACCCAUGGCACCGAAGGAAGAAGUCCAAGCUGCACUGAAGGCACUGACAGGAAACAAGGCUCCAGGCAUUGACGGGAUACCAUUGAUAUGUUUCAGCAAACGAAUGCAGCACUGCAGUUGCUCAUUCAUCUCUGCCAAGAAAUUUGGAAGAGAGCUACCUGGCCAACUGACUGGAAGAGAUCCAUAUAUGUGCCCAUUCCAAAGAAAGGUGAUCCAAUGGAAUGUGGGAAUUAUCAUUAAUAUCACGUGGAAGCAAAAUUUUGCUGAAGACUCUUCAAAAACAGUUGAAGCAGUGCAUCAACAGGAAACUGCCAGAAACUCCGCUGCACUCAGAAGAGGCUGUGGAACGGGGUAUCACUGCUGAUAUCAAAUGAAUCUUGGCUAAAGCAGAAAAUACCAGAACCGUAUUUACUUGUGUUUUAUUGACUAUCAAAGGCAUUCAACUCUGUGGAUAAUAACAAAUUAUGGAUAACAUUGCAAAGAAUGGGAAUUCCGGAACACUCAAUUGUGCUCAUGCAGCAGCUGAGGAACCUGUAUAUAGACCAAGAGCAGUUGUUCAGACAGAACAAGGGGAUACAGCACGGUUUAAAUCAGGAAAGGUGUGCAUCAGCGUUGUGUCCUUUCACCAUACUUAUUCAGUCUGUAUGCUGAGCAAAUAAUCGGAGAAGCUGGACUACAUGAAGAAGAACGGGGCAUCAGGUUUGGAGGAAGACUCAUUAACAACCUGCGUUAUGCAGAUGACACAACUUUGCUUGCUGAAAGUGAAGAGGACUCGAAGCACUUACUGAUGCAGAUCAGAGACCACAGCCUUCAGUAUGGAUUGCGCGUCAACAAAAAGAAAACAAAAAUCCUCAAAAUUGGACUAAUAAACAACAUCAAGGUAAAUGGAGAAAAUAUUGAUGUUGUCAAGGAUUUCAUUUUACUUGGAUCCACAAUCAACAGCCAUGGAAACAGCAGUCAAGAAAUCAAACAAUGUAUUGCAUUGGGCAAAUCUGCUGCAGAAGAUUUCUUUAAAGUGUUGAAAAGCAAAUACGUCACUUUGAGGACCAAGGUGUGCCUGAUCCAAACCAUGGUAUUUUCAAACCCUAGUAUGCAUGUGAAAGCUGGACAAUGUAUAAGAAAGACUAAGGAAAAAGAAAUACCUUUGAAUUAUGGUGUUUACAAUAUUUAAUAUACCACGGACUUCCAGAAGAACAAACGUACCUGUCUUGGAAGAAGUAUAGCCAAAAUACGCCUUAGAAGCAAGGAUGGUGAGACUUUGUCUCACGUACUUUGGACACGUUAUCAGGAGGGACCAGUCCCCAUAGAAGGACAUCAUGCUUGAUAAAGUACAGGGUCAGUGAAAAAGUGGAAGACCCUCAACAAAAUGGAUUGACACAGUGGCUGCAACAAUGGGCUCAAACAUAGCAACAAUUACGAGCAUGGUGCAGGAGUGGGCAGUGUUUCAUUCUGUUUUACCUAGAGUUGCUGUGAGUUGGAACUGAGUUGACAGCAACAAAAGCAACAAUGUAGGAAGUGAAGAGGUUGAAUCAGCAAAAAAAAAAAAUCUCUGGACAACAAAAAGUCCUAGACCAGAUGACUUCACAGAGGAAUUCUACUAAACAUUUAUAGAAGUGACACCAAUCCUUCUUAAAUGCUUUCAUAAAGCAAAAGAGGAGGAAUACUUCCUAACUCAUUCUAUGAGACCAGCAUUACCCUGAUACCAAAGCCAGACAAAAACACCACAAGAAAAUUACAGACCAAUAUUCCAUCUGAUUAUAGAUGUAAAAAUAUUUAACAAAAAACUAGCAAGCCAAACCAACAACAUAUUAAAAGAAUUAUUUCUACACCGUGACCAAAUGGUAUAUAUCCCAGGAGUGCAAGGGUGGUUUGACAUUAGAAAAUCAAUGUAAUACACCACAUUAACAACAAAAGAAAGCAACUACAUGAUCAUCUCAAUCAAUUGCUGGGUGUCACCAAGUCAAUUUUCAAUUCUUAGCGACUAGCACAGAUUGUUAGGUGAGCCUAAACCAAAAAAACGAAACCCAUUGCCAUUGAAUAAAUUCUGCCCUAUAGGGUUUCCAGGGAGAUGCUGAUGGAUUCAAACUGCAGAUCUUUUGGUUAGCAGUCAUAGCUAUUAACCAUUGUGCUAACAGGGGUCCUAGGGAAGCCUAAACCUAAAACCAAACCUGUUGCUGUUGAGUAGAUUCCGACUCAGAGCAACCCUAUAAGACAGAUUAGGACUACCCUACAGGGUUUCCAAGGAGCUGCUGGUAAAUUUGAACUAUCGGCCAUUUGGUUAGCAGUCAAGUUCUUACCCAGUGUGCCACCAGGACUCCAAGGUAAAAUCAAACCACUGGAGUUGGUCUUUUCCAUAACUGAGGCCACCUGUUGUUACCAAAGGGAAUAUAACCUCUGUUCACGAUUUACUUAAAACAAGUUGACACAUAAC